UUGCUCACGCACGCGGGAUUGGCCCGCAUGCGUAGCAUCCGCAAAGAACAAUUUCAUAUAGGUAUCUAUUGUAAAGCGUGAUAUACGCACGCGGGACGCGGGGCGCUGUGCGGGGCGCCACCCCGGUGCGGGGUAUCCGCAUGCGUAAGCACUGCCUACAACUUCAGUGCCCAUUUUAGAGUCGAACGGGGCGCACGCGCCGUAUUGUACUGCCGAAAUGAAAAUCGAUACAGAGCGAGUAAUCAUUGAAGUUCAUCUGCGGCCCGUUUUGUGGGAUAAACGCAAUGAAUUAUACAAAAACAGGGACGCGAGAGAGGCUGCAUGGAGAGAUAUUUUGAAGGAAUUGGCACCUAACUACGAAAAUUUGAGCGAAGAGGAAAGAAAAGAGGCGGGUAUGUGUUUGGUUUAUUAUUUUAUUUAUACAAGCAUCAUUACUUUAUUAAUAUAAGCAUAAUUAUUUAAUUCACAAAUAACAUCAAAAACCUUCUAAAACCUUUUGAGUUUAGUUAAUUAAUUAUAUAUCGGUGUUGCCAGGAGACUUUUCCUUCAUUGAUAAAGUAAUCUGCAAAUAUAUCUCUGAUAUUACUUGCCGACGUAUUACUACUUUCAGUCUGCUGCCUGGGUAGUGGUCCCGUAAAACCAUUUGUGACAAAUGUAUGGCUGACCAUGUAUCCAUCCCGUUUCCUUAUGAAAUUGUGAAGUACACAUGCCGUCUUGACUAUUAAUUGUGCUAGAUCUAACUUGACAGUCAUGGAUCUGUGAAAUAUUCUAAAUUUAUUUGACAUAAUUCCAAAAGUGCAUUCUAUGUACCUUCUAGCUCUGGACAGACGGUAAUUAAAUAUUUUCUUUUUGUAAGGUAAAUUAUCACGAGCAUAAGGCCGCAUCACAUGUGAUGAUAAACCAAAUGCCUCGUCUCCCACUAUCACGAACGGCAACUUUGCUCUUACACUAGAUGGAUAAGCUACUUCGGGGCAAAUAAUAGGCAACUCUUGCGGGUCAGGGAUACCCAACGUGUUACUUUCCAGUUUCGUAUACAAAUGACUCCUUCUAAAGAUGGUUGAAUCGGCGUUACUUCCACUGGUACCGACAUUAAUAUAUGUAAAAUUAUAAUCAGCAUCACACAUUGCGAGGAGCACUACAGAAUAAUAUUUCUUAUAAUUAAAAUAUAGUGAUCCACUGUGCGGCGGUCGAAUCACUCUUAUAUGUUUUCCAUCAAUAGCACCCAAGCAAUUAGGAAAAUUUGUAUAUGUGAGAAAUCCCUCUGCGAUUUCUUUCCAUUUGAUCCCAUUAAGCUGUGGAAUACAUUCAGACUUUAGUUCAAUCCAUAUUAUGUAACAAACUUGUCUUACUAUUUCGCUAAUUGUUGCAAUUCCAAUCACGUAGGAAUAGUGUAGAUCAGUGAAUGUAUUACCAGUUGCCAAAUAUCUGAAAACAAAAACAAUAUAUUAAUAAUAUUAUGAUUAUAUAAUAUAUUAAUAAUGCUGACAUCAGACAUAAGACGGCAUGCACCGCUCGAAUUUUACUUCAGAAGAAAAAUAAAUACCCUUAAGGUGAAAGGGCACGGAAGUAGCUAGCGCUAGAAGUUUUUAAUUCGUUUUAACUACAGUACUGUAGCUACGUUAGAUUUCUAUCAUUUGCCGAAAAUUUUAUCAUAGGGGGGUAUUUAUGCAGUUAUGAUUUCAUAUGAAAUGUUCGAAGUAUAGUUAUGUAUCUCAUAUCUGCUAAAAGUGGCCACUUUUAGCAGAUUUGAGAUACAUAACUGUGCUGUUAAUAUUUUAUAAGAAAUCUCCUCUGUAUAAAUUAACCCCUAUGGUAAAAUUUCCGACAAAUGAAAGGAAUCUAAUGAAGCUAAUUUUUGUUAAAACAAAUUAAAAACUUACAGCGCUAGUGACUUCCGGAAGUUUUCACCUUAAUAUUGAUGAUGGCAAAUUUUAUUGGUACUGGUUUUGGGUAACUUGAUCUGAAACUGUGUGUACUUUUGCCAACUACUUAUUAUAUUUUGUCAUUUCAGACAAGAAAAUACAACAACGCUGGCGAACAGCAAGGGACACUUACCAGAAAGACAAGAUAUCUGAAAAAAAUCAGCCAUCCGGCUCUGGGAGUAAGAAGAAGAAGAAAUAUUCUUACUAUGACAUUUUGACUUUCUUAGACAGUACAACGGAAACUGCCGGAGAAGAGUCACUCUGUGAAGAAAUGUCUGAACAAAGUAAUUUAGAAACACCUAAUGAGUCCACGCAACUAGGUACUUCACGUCAAGAAAGUUCUCAACUAACAUCACAACGUAAUUUAGAAACACGUAAUGAGUCCACGCAACCAGGUACUUCACGUCAAGAAAGUUCUCACCCAACAUUAAAACAAAAACAAGUAAAAUCUAAAAAGCAAGCACCAUCCGAAUUUGAGGCACAGUUAUUAGAAUGCUUAAAGUCUAAGCAACUGGAGCUGGAAAGUGAGGAUUUGGCUUUCUUUCAGUCUCUGCAGCCUUCAUUAAAAAGAUUCACUAGAUAUCAAAAACUAAUGUUCAGAACAAAAGUGUUAAAUAUAGUUAUGGAAAUGGAAAGUCAAACACAACCUGCAUACUACAGCCCCAUACCUACAACAAGUUCUAGUGCUUUUACUGAGCUUGACAGUUUGUCACCGAUAAAUCAAGAUUACCAAACCAAUAGUAUAAUCCAGGAUACUUCCAGUCUUAACGACAAUGCUAUUAGUUCUGCUGCAGUGAAUGAUAAUGAAACUCUUAUUUCGACUGAAAGUCGCCUGUUUAAUAUCACGUCUUAUGACAUAAUUUAUAACCCAGCAACAACAUCAUCUACUGGCGAAAGUAAUGUCUACGCUCAGGAUACAAAUUUACAAAGAAAUGAAUGAUGUAAAAUUUGAUUUUUAAUUUAUGAAUAAAACUCUUUUUAUUAAAAUGAGUACGAUUAACUUUUUUUCUCCAGUUUCUCUCUAAUUGUUUGUUUAUUCAUAUGAGUGCGGUUGUACACACGGCACAGAUCAAGUUACUCAAAUCCAGUAUAAGCGGGACUCCGACGGGUUACCUAAGUAUGAUAAUGCGCAAGGUGCGAGUUCCAUUUAUACUGGUUUUGGGUAACUUGAUCUGUGGCCAUGUGUACUUUAUCAGAUAAAAAAAGGAUUGUGUAUGUAGUUGAAAUCCCAAACCAAUUAAGAACUUUUUUUGACUUCAAAUUACUGUCAUGUGCAAACCUAUAACUUUAUAUAAUUUUAUAAGUCGCGUGUGAUGAAAGGUAGGAAUGAUUCCACUUUAAAGGCGACAUUUUAUGAGUGAAAUAAUCUGAUUUUAUGAAAUUUCAACAAUU